UGUGUGCGUGUGGCAGGUGGUCAAGAAGUGGCGUCAUGGACGUGUCCAGCCACAGCCUGUUCCUCCUGCAGCAGCUCAACAUCCAGAGGGAGUUUGGCUUCCUGUGCGACUGUACCGUUGCCAUUGGUAACGUAUACUUCAAGGCCCACAGGGCCAUCCUGGCUGCCUUCUCCAACUACUUCAAGAUGAUCUUCAUUCAUCAGUCAAGGUUUGCUAGCUUUUAUGAGCAGUAUUUGUCAAUAUCACACUCAUGGUGUUGUUAGAUACCUAUGUUUAGGCCUACCCACUUCAAGUUAAUAGUUAGCAUUGUACAGUAGCAUGGUCUAGUGUCCAUAUACAAUGUAGGCUAGCAUAAUAGUGGUCAUCAGAGGUUGUUUCAAUGGUAUUGGACAUUCGAAGGUAUGUUCUGUGUUGACUCAUAUUGCACUGACUGUUAAGAUAAUAUGAUCUUUGAGGAUGGUAAUAUACAAAAUGUAUAUGAUAUUUGUGUGUUUUACUUGGAGAGCUGUCAGAAAUAUGAUAUUUUGAGCUAGUUUUGUAUUUAUGCAGUACCAGUCAAAAGUUUGGACACACCUACUCAUUCAAGGGUUUUUCUUCAUUUUUAAUUUUUUUUACAUUGUAGGAUAAUAGUGAAGACAUCAAAACUAUGGAAUAACACAUAUGGAAUCAUGUAGUAACCAAAAAAGUGUUAAACAAAUCAAAAUAUAUUUUAUAUUUGAGAUUCUUCAAAUAGCCACCCUUUGCAUUCUCUCAACCAGCUUCACCUGGAAUGCUUUUCCAACAGUCUUGAAGGAGUUCCCACAUACGCUGAGCACUUGUUGGCUGCUUUACAUUCACUGCCUUCCGACUCAUACCAAACCAUCUCAAUUGGGUUGAGGUCGGGGGAUUGUGGAGGCCAGGUCAUCUGAUGCAGCACUCCAUCACUCUCCUUCUUGGUCAAAUAGCCCUUACACAGCCUGGAGGUGUGUUGGGUCAUUGUCCUGUUGAAAAACAAAUGAUAGUGGCCACUAAGCCCAAACCAGAUGGGAUGGCGUAUUGCUGCAGAAUGCUGUGGUAGCCAUGCUGGUUAAGUGUGCCUUGAAUUCUAAAUGAAUCACAGACAGUGUCACCAGCAAAGCACCCCCACACCAUAACACCUCCUACUCCAUGCUUUACGGUGGGAACUACACAUGCAGAGAUCAUCCGUUCACCCACACCGCGGCUCACAAAGACAGUUCGGUUUGAACCACAAAUCUCCAAUUUGGACUCCAGACCAAAGGACAAAUUUCCACCGGUCUAAUGUCCAUUGCUCGUGUUUCUUGGCCCAAGCAGGUCUCUUCUUCUUAUUGGUGUCCUUUAGUAGUGGUUUCUUUGCAGCAAUUCGACCAUGAAGGCCUGAUUCACACAGUCCCCUCUGAACAGUUGAUGUUGAGAUGUGUCUGUUACUUGAACUCUAUGAAGCAUUUAUUUGGGCUGCAAUUUCUGAGGCUGGUAACUCUAAUGAACUUAUCCUCUGCAGCAGAGGUAACUCUGGGUCUUCCAUUCCUGUGGCAGUCCUCAUGAGAGCCAGUUUCAUCAUAGCGCUUGAUGGUUUUUGCGACUGCACUUGAAGAAACUUUCAAAGUUCUUGAAAUAUUCUGUAUUGACUGUAUUGACCUUCAUCUCUUAAAGUAAUGAUGGACAGUCGUUUCUCUUUGCUUAUUUGAGCUGUUCUUGCCAUAAUAUGGACUUGGUCAAACGCAUUAAGAAGGAAAUACAUUCCACAAAAUAACUUUUAAGAAGGCACACCUGUUAAUUGAAAUGCAUUCCAGGUGACUACCUCAUGAAGCUGGUUGAGAGAAAUCCAAGAGUGUGCAAAGCUGUCAUCAAUGCAAAGAUGGCUAUUUGAAGAAUCUCAAAUAUAAAAUAUAUUUUGAUUUGUUUAACACUUUUUUGGGUUACUACAUGAUUCCGUAUGUGUUAUUUCAUAGUUUUCAUGUCAUCACUAUUAUUCUACAAUGUAAAAAUAAAGAAAAACCCUUGAAUGAGUAGGUGUGUCCAAACUUUUGACUGGUAGUGUACAUCUUACUCUACAAAAUCUAAGAGAUACUUUAUUGAAUUUGUCUUUGCUGACUAAAAGCUAAUAGUCAGCAAUAAUAAUUUCCCACUGUCUACUACCAUCUCCACAGCGAGUGCAUUAAAAUCCAGCCCACGGACAUCCAGCCGGAUGUGUUCAGCUACCUGCUCCACAUCAUGUACACGGGCAUGGGCCCCAAGCAGCCAGUGGACCAGGGCCGCCUGCAGGAGGGCAUCAAGUUCCUCCAUGCCUACCAGCUGUGCCGUAACCCCGACGAGGGGUCCCCUGAUGCCACCGACCUGGUCCGUAUGUCCAACCUGUAUGGUAUUCAGAUUUCGUCCCAGUUGGCCAACAAAGAGGAUACUGGGGGCCCUAAAGGUAGUGCAGGGACCCGAGGAGGAGGCAGCCCGGAGGACGGGCGUUCGUCCACCCGGGCGGGCCGCUCCCACGCUGCACAGUUCUCGAUGACCGUGGGGUUGGAGGGCGUCCCCUCCUCGGACCGUCAGCCCUUCUCUGGUCUCCUCCGUGGCGUCUCCUCAGUGGCUUCCGGCGACGACUCAGACAUCUCAACGCGCAUCAAGCAGGAGAGGGUAGAGGAGGGGGAAGGGGAGGGAGGGGAGGGCCAACAGGCGCUGGGAAGGGGAGGGUCCCCAAUGUCUCCUUCGGCCCAGGGCGGCAGCCCCUGCCAGAGCCUCCUGUUCAAGGAUGGCCCCCUGGCGCUGCUGUGUCCCCGCUGCGGUGAGCGCUGUCCCUCCCCCGAGGGGCUCCGCAAGCACCUGUUCAGCCACGCCGCCUGCACCCUGGACCCCAGUGGACUAAUGGAGGGCCUCUCCCAGGGCGGGGUAGGGGACCUGGAGGGCCCUGAGAAUCAGCAGCAAUGUGGGGCCCCCCAAGAUCAGCUGGACGCAGGCUGCCUGGAGGAGGCCCUGAGGCAGAGCCAGGCCCUAGCUGACGAGCUAGCUGCUGAGCUAAGGCGGAGCAGGGGUGGUCUAGCCAGUGGCACCAGUCCACCCCCCACCACCACCACCUCCACUACCAGUCACGCACGAAAGCGCAAGAUCACCUGCGCUGUGUGUAGCCUGCGCUUCGCCCAGAAGAGCCAGCUGCAGGAGCACAUGUACACGCACACGGGCAAGCCGUCACGCUACCACCGCUACAGCCGCCUCUGCAGCCAGCUCAUCCAUGCCUCUGGACACUUCUGCGAGGGGCCACCGGAGGGCGGCGGUGGUGGCGUUGGGGUGCCGGCAAGCACCACAGUAAUGUUGACGGAGGAGGCCAACAGGGAAGCUCAGGACAAUGGCAGCUCCUGCUAUUCGCUAGACUCUGAGAUUUCACCAGAGAGCGUGGAUGCCGUCACUGUGGAA